UUUUUCCCUCCCCUCAGCCCUCAGUCGGGCGGCGGCGCCGUGCGGGACGGACGGGCCGCGCGGAUUUUUUAUUUAUUUUUUUUUAUUAUUAAGGCCUCCUUAUCCUCACCGGCGCCACGACCGGGACCGGCCCCGACCUCCGAGCCACCCCCGGCCCCGCUGCCGCUAUGGAGGCUCCACCCGCUCCUCCCGCCGCUCCUCCAGCGCCGUGCAGCGCCGCUCGCAGCCUGCAGGACGAGCUGACGUGCCCGGUGUGUUUGGAAUACUUCAACGACCCUGUGCUGGUGGCGGAGUGCGGCCACAACUUCUGCCGCGCCUGCGUUACUCAAUGCUGGGAAGACUCCGCACGCCGCCUUUGCUGCCCGCAAUGCCGAGAACCGGUCCCGCAGCGCCUUUUCCGCCCUAACCGCUCUCUGGGUAACAUCGUUCACAUCGUCCGCCAGCUGGGAUUACCUCCCGGUAAUGCUGAACCACCUCCCGCUGCUUCACCGCCGCUUCCCGCCGCUCCGGUGCCCUCAGGGCCCUCCCGGUGUCCGCGGCACGGGGAACCGCUGCGGCUUUACUGCGUGCAGGACCGGCGGGCCGUGUGCGUGGUGUGCCACUUGUCCCGGGAGCACCGGGCCCACACCGUGCUGCCCGCCGAGGAGGCCGCCCACGCCGCCGAGGAGGUGCCCCAGGAGCAUUUGAGCUCCCUGAGGAAAGGACGUGAAGAGGCCAAAGCUGAGCGGGAGCGGCAGAGCCAGGAGCUGCUGAAACAAACGGAGGUGGAGCGUCAGAAAAUCGUGGAAGAGGUCAAAGAUCUGAAGGAGUUCCUGGAGGAGAAGGAGCAGCUCCUCCUGUCCCGCCUGGAGGAGCUGGAGAAGAACAUCGGGCGCCGCAGGGACCAGAGCGUGGCCAGGCUGGACGAGGACAUCGCCCGGCUGGACAAACUCCUGGCGGACAGCGGGACGGGGAACGCGCCUGGCGAGGGUGUCGUCCCGGCUGGCAGCAGCCCGGAGAGUUGGAUGUUCCUCAAACCCGAGCCAGGAUUUUCCGAGCUGGAGAAGAAACUGAAGAGUUUUUCCCAAAAAAGCGCCGUGCUCAAGGAAGUGCUGCUGGAAUUUAAAGAAAAUCUGCGUUUCGAGCUGGAGAACGACACAGGUGAGCUCUCCCUGGACCCCGACACCGCCAACCCUUACCUGGUGCUGUCGGAGGACAAGCGGAGCGUGCGACUCCGCGGGGCGCCCCAGGAGCUGCCGGCUCACCCCAAACGUUUCGACUUCGCCUUCUGCGUCCUGACCUGCGAGGGAUUCUCCGCCGGCCGCCACUACUGGGAGGUGGAGGUGGGAGACGGGGAGAGUUGGGUGCUGGGAGCCGCCCGCGAGUCCGUGCGCCGCAAGGAGAAAGUCGACUUCGCCCCCGAGGAGGGGAUUUGGGCGGUGGGGCUCAACUGGAAGGGCAAAAAUUGGGAUCAGUACCAGGCGUUCACCUCUCCCGAGACGCCGCUGUCGCUUUGCGAGCGGCCGCGCAAGAUCGGGGUGUACCUGGACUACGAGGGCGGGUGGGUGGCGUUCUACAACGCCGACAGCAUGGCUCCCAUCUUCACCUUCACCGCCGCCUUCUCCGAGAGGAUUUUCCCCUUUUUUUGGCUUUUUUACGUGGGUUCCUCGCUGUCCCUGUGCAACUGAGCUCGCUGCCAGCAUCCCCAUCUUUCCAUCCUUCAGUUUUCCUUUGCUUCCAAGCAAAACGCCCCAAAAUCCCACCCGUGGUUGUUUAAGGGGGGAUUUUGUUGGUUUUUUUUUCCUGUUCAAAGUUUGGAGUUUUUUCCCCUCAAAAUCUUCCUUUUUGGCGAGGAGGGGGCUCUGCUUGAGCGUCCCGUCCUUAUUGUUGGUUCUACACCUCCUGUUAAAUUAAUUUUGUGUUUUUCUUUCGAGUUGGAGCCCCGUUGGAACAGGGAAAGGCUGAUCCCAUCCUAAUUUCGAAUAGUAGCCAAA